AUGAAUUCCAGUGACUGUGAACCGACACCGCAGAACCUGACAGCCUCCAUUCUUCCUCCUGUCCUCAUCACUGAGCUCAUUAUUGGCUUGCCAGGAAACCUGAUAGCACUGUGCAUCUUCUGUUACCACCUUCGUUCUUGGAGACCCAACAUCUUGUUUCUUUUCAAUCUGAUAGUGGCUGAUUUCCUCCUCCUAGUGAGUCUGCCUUUUCGGAUUGAUAACUACCUGCAGUCUGACUACUGGAGGUUUGGAAAUGCUUGGUGUCGGAUUAACCUGUUUAUGCUUGCGGUGAAUCGGUCGGCAAGCAUCGGCUUUAUGACCGCUGUGGCUGUGGAUCGAUAUUUUAAAAUCGUCCAUCCGCAUCUUAAAGUGAACAAAAUAAACUCACGCCAAGCCAGCAGAAUCGCUUGCUUCAUCUGGAUUGUGGUGAUCCUGCUGCGAUUCCCUCUGCUGACCAAUGAUCUCCUGGUAGAGAAUACUACCAUGUCUACUUCUUACUGUCGGAGCUUUAGUGGAAAAAACCCUUCGCUGGGCAUCAAGCUUCACUAUAUGGUAUAUGUUGGGGAGUUCUUCCUACCCCUGAUGCUUUUAUUGUUCUGCUCUAUCCGAAUAUUCUGCAUCCUACGCCAACGCCAGAUGAACAAAGUGAAGAAAGUACAAAGGGCCAUUCGUACUGUCCUGGUAAUUGUUGGUGUCUUUAUUAUUUGUUUUCUUCCUGGAAUUGCAACAGGACUGGCUUCACUCUAUCUUCAAAAACUGGGAAAUUCAUACUGUAAGGCUUACACUCUUACUGGUCAGCUGUUCACUAUGUCUAUUGGAUUUACAUACCUAAACAGUGUGCUGGAUCCUGUCAUCUACUGCUUCUCUAGCUCAAUGUUUCGCAAUGCCAUAAAGCUCUAUAUUAAUCGGUUGAGACUGGUGGAACUAGAGCUUGUCCUCCGUCGAAGCACAAUGAGUGCAAGUGAUGGUUAAAGAGAUAAAGAUUCAUGCAGCGAAACCUGACAUGGGACCAUAAUUUGAACUUUUACAGCAUGUUUUAGUUUCCUGUGAAACUGAGAGCAGUCUUUACGAUUACGGUUGUCAAAUAGAUCAUAUAUUUUUUACUGAAUUUGUAUUAACCCAAAUUAUACAGUUUAAGCUGACAGCCUUAAGAGUUUCACAUAUAAUAAUAACAUAUAAGUUCCAGAACAAUAUCCUGCAAUUAACAUGUCCUGGUUGUUUUACUUAUCUUCUAAAGCUGUCUAUUCCAUCCUACAUUUUGUUGAGUCAAACUUUGCAGCUAAAACAUUUCCCUGGUGUUAAACAAUAAGGCCUGGCUCCUGGCUCACUAUAAACAUUCCAAUUUAUCCCAAAGUUAUUCGAUAGGGUUAAGCACAGGGAUGAAGUUUUUCCACAUCAAAAUCAAAACCAUGUUUUUUUUAAACUUGCUUUCCGAAACAGGCACAGUCAGGUCACGAACAUGGCCAUCCCCAAACUGUUGCCACAAAGUUGAAAGGACAUCAUUUGUCUUGUUUAAGUUUUCUUUCAAUAAAUACAUUUGGGCGGUCAGGUGGCACGGCGGAAAAAACGCUAGCAUCUAAAGACAUCUCAAACUCAUGGGUGCAAAUCUCAGCUCUGUUAGCACCUACACAG